AUGUACGCUAGUGCUUGCCGCUUGGUUGGACUUCUUCCUACAUCGACGAGGACUAAUAACUCCACGCUUCCGCUCUGUCAGUCCUCCCGUCAGGAUGGGUUGACCCAUGAUAUGGCACUGAGGGCCAUCAGGAAGACAUGGCAGGUCAAAAGCAGGCAGCGGGCAGUUACCUCGAAACUCCACUGGGUCACCAUGCUUCAAGAUGUGCAAAGUGUGCACAUCUGCCCCUAUUGCCUUCCAAGUGGCCAGCCGCAUCAUGGCCCUAGCAUGCAGGGGCACAAAGAUUUAGGCUUUGACGUAGAUGCCGAGGUCAGCGGCGCUUUCCGCCUGCUGAACGCGGAACAAGCAGCAGGCCUCAAUCUUCGACAGCGGUUGGCUCUAAAGGCCGCCAUCCAAGCUGCGGCAACUACUGUCCCGCCACCGGGUCCCAGCUCUGGUGCUGAUUCUGGCACCAGCAACGCUGCAGCAGGCCUGCCAGUUUGCAAGCUGCAGCUCCGGCGAGACUCGCAGAACCAGGACCUGUUCUUCUUUGAGCCCAUGGACACCAACAGCACUGCAGCUGCCGCAAGUGCUGGCGUGAGCAGCGGGUUUUUCCUGGACCCUGAGGGCAGGCAGAUAGAUGAGCUGCAGAAGUGGCUGGGCCUUGUCGAGGAUGAGCACCGUAAUGGCAGACCCAUCCCGCCACUGAUCAUCAAUGGUCUGAUCAAGAGUGGCAAGUCCUACAUGCUCAACAAGGUUCUGCCUGCUGUGGCCAACACCUACUACAGCAGCGGCCGGCAGCAUGCCGGCACGGUGCUUUCAGAGCCCAACUUCCUGCAUGUCAAGUGCUUGACCUUAGAUCGCUGGAGCGGCAGCGGUGUCUUCCUUAAGGGAUUCCUCAUUAAACUCAAGCGGAGCGCUGCCAACCAGCAGCUCUCUGCUGCCGCCAGCACGCCUGCACCCAGCGACAACUCGGCUGGUGCUGUAGUGGACGCCAUUCAGGACUUCAUGUGGCGCCUGCCACGGGACCGCCUGAACUUCCUGCUGAUUGAUGAGGCGCAGAGCUUUUACCUGCUUGAGCUUGAGCGGGAUGACUUUUCGCUGCACAGCUUAAAACUGGACAUGGACGAAGUGCAGCUCAUGUGGCGCAUCUUCAAGAAACUCCUGCUGGACAGCCCCCACUGGGUCGCCUGGGCCAUCACGGGCAGCGGCAUGGCGACGCUAUGGGCCAACAUUGCUGCCACCCCGACCAACGGUUUUGCCCUAAUUUCGCACCACCACCGACUCAACCUGAGCGCCACGGUGUCCAAGGAUGUGCUGCAAGUCGCCUGGGAGCAGCUAAAGGCCCAGACCAAGCGCUGGGAUCCGGCACUGCCAAGCGACCUUGUCUGGCGGUCACCGCCGCAGAUCGCCAUGCUCGCCUACUUGAGCCGCUGGUGGAGUUCCAAGUGGCAUAGCACAGCUGAGCGGCUGGUCGAGCACGGCAUGAUAAUAAAGUUCACCCAGGUGCUGAUAGACCUGCGCAUGGCGCUGCAAGUGCCGACAGACCCAUGCAUGGUGGUGCCAGUGCUGGGCCAGCCUACUUCACAGGUGCUGCUCCUGCGUGAGCUGUUGGACCCGAUGGCUGGAGUGGAGCACGCCAAGCUCCCGCCGGCGUUUGAGGCACUGCUGUCCAGCUUCACCACUGAGCGUAACGGCAGGCUAUACCUGGAUAACCUGCUGUUCGCUCAGGUGCUGCAGGCGGCCACCACGGAGUCUGGGGAGCUGUUGGAAGAGAUCAUUGCCAUCCCGUCGUUCAGCUCCACGAUGUUCAGGGAGCUGGUUGUGCUCGGUGAGUGCUGCAAGGAUGAGAACUUCGACAGCUAUGAGGACCUGCACAGCCUCCUGGAAGCCAUGGCAUCUGCACUGGCGCUUACACCGGACAAGCUACUGAAGGUGGACUGGUUCAUCCAGGUCCUGGACCACCGCUACAACAGCCAUGACAGCAAGGUCAAAUUUGAGGAGGACUAUGGGGCUCAGCCUGACAUCAAGGUUGGGCUUCGCUGGUUCCACGUGCUGCUGUCCAACAUCCUCAGCCAUGCCCCUAUCCUGGAGCAGGAGGAGUUCCUGCGGGCCUACCCCUCAGAGCUGGCUGCAUUCCACAGCAGUGGUCGCAUCAGUGCAGCACUGACCAAGACAUACGAGCCCAGGCGCAGUUGUGACAGCAGCAGCAGCGGCACCCAGCACGGUGGCAGCAGUGGUGCCCAGCAUGGCGGCAGCAGAGAUGAAGGGCGUGGUGUAAUGGCAAUGGCUGACAAAUGCACACCUGUGUGCCUGGCCCCAGUGGCAGGCUGUAGUCAGCGUGGGCCUCUGGUUCACACGACCGGCAGGCAUGGGGUGUGGGGCCAGGGAGGGCUGCGGGCAGCCACACUUGCACCGCGCCUGCAUCUGAUGUUGGCGGCUGUAGCUCCAGCAGGUGGAGGGGACUACCCUGGGCUGUCAGGGGCAGGCUACCUGAUGCUUUUGGCAAGCACGGCCCUAUUUAGGCUGCCCAGCCGCUAA